GAAGAAGAAGAAGAAGAGACACAAAAAUACGAAGAAGAAGAAGGAUAAGACGUACUGCGCGCCAAUUCCGAAAGAUGUAAACAUUGGCUGCUAUAAAGAAAGAACAUUUGUUUCCACAUAACGUAAAGAGGGAACAUUUUUUAAUCUGUCAACAAUGAAUUCCAGCGGAAAAGGAUCCGGCGAUUCAAGUCAUCUCGUUGGCAGCUGUGAUGGCGAUUCCAUCAAAGUUUUUGUGCGAGUACGACCUCUGACCCAGAGCACAGGGUUGACCACUGAUAAAGAUCAGAAGCUGUGUCUCACAGUCACCUCACCCAACACCAUCCGUCUGCUGUCAAAACCAGAACCACGAACCUUCACAUAUGAUCAUGUUGCUGACAUGGACACAUCUCAGGAUUCUGUGUUCUCCAGUGUGGCCAAGAACAUUGUUGAGUCUUGCAUGAAUGGAUACAAUGGUACUAUAUUUGCCUACGGACAAACGGGCUCAGGGAAAACCUUCACCAUGCUUGGACCAUCUGAGUUGGAUAACUUCACAGAUGAGCUAAGAGGGGUCAUCCCUCGAAGUUUUGAGUACUUAUUUUUUCUCAUCAACAGAGAAGUGGAAAAGUCUGGCCAGUCCAAGAGUUUUCUUUGCAAAUGUUCGUUUAUUGAGAUAUACAACGAACAAAUCUAUGACCUUCUGGACACUGCCUCAGCCAGCCUUUUCCUCAGGGAAAACAUCAAAAAAGGUCUUUUUGUUGAGGGAGCUGUGGAGAAGUUUGUCAACUCAGCCGCCGAAGCCUACCAGGUGCUGUCUAUGGGCUGGCGUAAUCGCCGCGUCGCCUCCACCUCCAUGAACCGAGAGUCUUCUCGAUCUCACGCCGUGUUCACCAUGACCUUAGAGUCUAAGGAGUCUAUCAACGAAGUGGUAAACAUCCGGAUGUCUCAGCUGAACCUGGUCGAUCUGGCAGGUUCUGAAAGGCAGAAAGACACACAUACAGAAGGCUCCAGACUCAAGGAGGCCAGCAGCAUCAAUCGCUCUCUCAUGUGUCUUGGUCAGGUGAUAAUGGCUCUGGUCGAUGUGUCCAAUGGGAAAAACCGUCACAUUUGCUACAGAGAUUCUAAACUCACCUUCCUGUUAAGGGAUUCUCUUGGCGGAAAUGCAAAGACUUAUAUCAUUGCCAAUGUGCAUCCUGGUUCUAAGUGUUUUGGAGAAACGCUGUCCACCUUGCAGUUUGCUCAGAGAGCAAAGUUGAUCAAGAAUAAGGCCAUUAUCAAUGAAGACACACAGGGAAAUGUGAGGCAGUUACAAGCGGAGCUGAAGAAGCUGAAAGAGCAGCUUGCUCAGUCACUAACUUUCCUGCCAGUGGACUGUGGGAGAGAUGCAGCGCCAGGAGGACCUGAACUCCCUAAAGAAGGUCAACAGGAGUCCUCAUAUAAAGCAAAGUUUAUGGCUUCUGUCCGUCUGUGGAGAAAGGGCGAAGAGGAGAAGAGGAUGCUGUUUAAGAAAGUGGCUCAGCUUGAGGAGGCCUGGACGCAGAAGGACAAGUUCAUUCACUCGAGCCGAAUGAUUAUCAAGUUUCGAGAGGACCACAUCCAUCGCCUCGAGAACAAAUUGAAGACGGGACUUCAAGGCUCACUCUCCGACAAAGAGUCCCAGACUCUGAUUGAUCGGCUGAAAGAAGAGAUCAUGAUCUUGAGAGACCAGGUUGAACAUCACCCAAAGAUGACGCGAUGUGUAGCGGAGAACUUCAGCCUCAGAGAGGAGAUCCGUCGGCUCCGUUGUCUUGAAUCCGCUGUAAGAGCUGAAGAAGAUUCGGUGCAGGUUGCGGCGGAGUUGGAAGAGGCCUUCCAGAGGGCUGUGGAAACGGAGAGACCCACAGAGGGUAAGAUAACACUGCUUCAGUGGAGCAAAUGUCAAAUAAAUGUGAUGCAUGUCUACUUUGCAAUAAACUCAUGUCGCUCCACAGUUCUACCUGCAGAUUCUGUCCCGGGUGCUGCAAUGGAGAAGCUGAAGGCUCAGCUGCUUCAGAAACAGUGUGACCUCACUGGUGUAUUUCAGGCCUUUGAAGAGUACAAAGAAAUCACUAGCAAACAGAUGUUACAACUGGAGUCUGAGAAAAGAUACCUUGACAAGUCCAACAGGCAUUUGGAAAACAUUUUGGAAGCCACAAAUGCUUACAAAAUGAAGGAAGUCUCUGAGCUGAACAGAAUUCACGUUGAAACUAUAAAGAUUCUUACCACGCCCACCAAAGCACACAGCUUGCGGACCCGUCUUGUGCCUCUCUCCAGCCCGGACCACCUCAAUGGGACGGACAAUGAUCCAGACAACAUUUGGACGGAGCAGCUUCCUUCAGACACGGCUGAGAUGGCCUUAACUGAGGAACUCAGCCAAGUGCAGGAACAAGCCUGCCGUGCGCAGACACAGUUCAAUGAGGAGGAGCUGAAGAACAGCAAGCUGUCACAGCAAAUCACAAAGCUUGAGGAGCAGAUCGCUCUGAUGUCAGAAGAGUGUGACCGCAAGGACGAGCUACUUUCUUGUGAGCGAGCUAACCGAAACAAAGACCAACUCAACCUGCAAGCAACAGUCUGUGAGCUGCAACAGAGCCUCCUGUCUGAACAGCAAGCAGCACAGGUGCUGAGGAGUGAGGUCUGUGAUCUCCGCCUGGUGCUGCAGUCGUCUGAUUCCGAGCUGGCCGCUGUGAGGAACGAGCUAAGAGAUGGCCAGAGCGAGAGGCAGAGAGAGACGAGCCAGCUCUCCGCCAGUCUGAUCAGCACACAGCUGCGGCUGGACAAAGUCCAGAUGGAGUGGGAGCAGCUUCUGGAGCAGCAUCGGACACUACAAGAUUCAUUUGACCAGCUCCAAGCCGAGGCCAAGUUUGAGGCUGAUCAGGCAAGACAGCAGCUGCAGGACAGGCAGCAAGAGAUUGCUGAACUGCAGGCACGGCUCACGGAUUUGAACAGUUCUCUGCAGACUGAGCAAGAGCACACAAGCACCCUGAUGUCCCAGUUGAAAGAAAACAAAGAGAGUUCAUCAAAAGAAAUUAUUGAAACCGUGGAGCAGAAUACACAGCUUAGAAAACAAGUCUCAGACCUGACACAACAACUUCAACAACAGGCAUCGAAAAUGAGCGAUCUUGAGCAAAAUUCCCUCUCUGCCAACGAAACGAUAAAAAGCUUGGAACAGAAGAUUGAACAGGAUAAAGAUGUUGUUGUAGAUCUCAUCAACCAAACCCGAGACCUCCGCAGUGAGCUGAGCCAGAGGGACCAGACCAUGAGCAACCUGUCUGGGGACAUCAGAGACAUGACGGCCAAGUUCAAUGCUACCUGUCUGGAGAGGGAGGAUAUCCGGGAACACAACUCUAAGAUGCAAGCAGAAAUCUAUGAUCUGAAAGAAUCUUUAGACAGACGGGUAGCCUCCAACCAAAUAGAGCUGGAGGUGUUGCAAGAGGAGGUCGUCUAUGCCACGGAAGAGGUUGAGAGACUCACUAAAGUCAUUGAUGAGCAGAACAGCCUCCUCCAAGCAUCUCAAGAGCAAACGUCCCAGAAGGAUAUCACGAUACAGAACCUGCAGCAGGAGAUUCAACAACAUCAAGAAGCCGUUGAGAGAACUUUCCGAAAUGGGAAUUUCAAAUCCUUUAUUGAUGUUACAAACACACCUAAAUCAUUACCCCGGACACCCCGCACUCCAGGAAGUUUCAACAGGGACUUGACCCAGGUGCUUGAAAGCCAGGAGAGGGAGCUGGAGAACCGCCGCUCCUCCAUGAUGACCAUGGAGAUUCUUUUAACGGAGCUGAACACUGAGAGGGUUGCCAAGAAUGAGGAGAUCCAAAGGCUCAAGAUGCAACUGACCGAGAAAGAGAUGGUCCGGAUUCAGAUCCAGUCUUUACUCGACCAGUUUUACAACAAGCAGGGCCAGCUGACACCGAGUGGAGACAACAACGGUGAAGAGUUGAAUGGAGCCAUGAACCAAACUAUACUUAAAGAGCUAAAGGAAGAGAGAGAAGAGAAGAGCAAAAUAAUGCAGAAGCUCUCAGAGUCCCAUAAAAGACUGCAAGCGCAGGAUUCGAUGUUGGCCCAGUCCCAAACCUGCGUCCAGGAGCUGACCACCGAGCUGAGGAAUCGCUGUCUCGAGUUGAGAGACCUGAACCUGAGGGUGCAGGAUGAGGACAAACUUCUCCAGGAGAACGAGGUUCUCCGCAGGCAGAAUGUUAAGCUGUCGGAGGAGAAUGGGAAACUUGUGGGGCAUAAGAACCACAAACAGAGGAUUGAAUAUCUGGUGAAGCUGAAAAAGGACAACACCAAACUUCAAGAGGAAAAUGAAAAACUCAGGACAGAGAUGACAUUAUUGCGGGACAGCGGUGGAUAUCCACCACUGGAGAUGUCAUAAAUCCUUGAUUCUUCAAGUGUUUGAAUCUCUGUAAUUUGCUAAAUCUUUCCCAGUAAAAAAUAUUUUAUUCAUGCUUUUUUAACAGCAUUGAAGUGGUCAGGUAUUUUAAUGGUUUAAAGUAAAAAUACAUUGUGGGUUAUGUUUUUUUAUUGUCUAAUGUGCAGAAAUGAUUUAGCUCGUAAUCAUAUUUUUUACACCUACAAAUUGACCUGGAAGCAUACUGUCCCUUUUACAUGUAUCUGAUUUUGCAGCAGAAUAAAAGCCACCAAAAGUAUGGAGAGGCUUGUUUGGAUGAACUCUGCAUCAGUCUAGCUCCAAUCCCUGUUGGGUUUCCUUUUUAGAUGUACUUUUUUUUCUCGGAUUGCAUGCAAAUUACAAGAAUGCACAAUCUUAAUGUGAAAUCUGGGCAUUUUUUUGUGAUUAUGUCUAGUGCUGUUAAUGUACUGUAUCCACCAUAUAGUUUUGUGUAUUUUUCCCAUCAUACUGAACUGUUAAGCCAAUGCAUUUUUUAAGAACAAUGAACUCUUAAAAACGUUUGAUACUGUUAUUAAAAUUGUUGUUAUUGAAAAGUA